UGUUUUUUGGGAGCGGAGGGGGCCGAUCUGGUCUGGCCAGAAAGUCAAGGUACAUGUAAAAAGUAAGAAGUGACGAAAUGGGUCUUUCAAAUUAAAACAACAGCUACUUCAGAUUAGUCAUGUCCUUUCGACGCAGCGAAGGUUUACUUUGAAAGUAAUGUCCGAAAUUGGAAUAUUUUCUGGCACCUAAAAGAAGGUAUCAGCGGAGCAGUGAAAAUGUAUGGCGUCACAGAGUGAAAGCACAGGGAGGCAAACAAGACUUGGAACCCGUAAACCUCAAGCUCAAUUCCCGAAAAGAGGCUGUAACGCGAUGUCGGCACACGCUUGUGGCCUGACAUGGACGUCCACCAUGGGCUGUAGACUCCUGCGGCGGGAUCGAUGAAGAUGGGCCCCGCGUCCCGCUUUCUGAGGAGAUGUCUCUGGGUCGGCUACUGCGACGCGCCUCGUCCAAGGCCUCUGACCUUUUGACGUUCAACCCCGGCGCGGCGGGCGUGGCGCUGCGCUCGGGCCUAGAUGGCGAGAUCAUUUACUCCAAAAAUAAUGUGUGCGUGCACCCGGCCGAGCCGCUGCCGGGCCUGGCGGAGCACCACCCAGGCUACCUGUGCGUGCACGUGGAGAAGGACGAGAGCCUGGGCACCACUCUCAUUUUGACUUGGGUGCCCAACUCGCGCAUCCAGAGGCAGGACGAAGAGGCGCUGCGCUACAUCACGCCCGAGAGCUCGCCCGUGCGUCGACACGCACGCCGCAGAGGCAGACGUCCGCAUUCCCGCCCCCCAGCCGCGCAAGUGGAAGAAGAGGACGAGGAGCGGAACAUCACUUGCAGCUCCUCCACAGAGAGCCACGGUUUGGUCGUAACAGAGGCCGGCACGGAGCCCCCCUCGGCACAACCCAAGCAGCCUCCCACACCCGCUGAGGAAGGCGACGAGGUCUCCUGCGAGCUGUCGGACGAAGUGAGCCGCGACAGCACCAUGGGGUCUGACUCGGACACCUUCUCCUCGCCAUUCUGCUUGUCCCCAGUCAGCGAGGCGCUCUGUGAGAGCAGCAGCUCCGUCUUCUUGGACAAUGACAGCAGGGAGCUGUCCGAGGAGCUCAUGCACCACUCGGUGAGCUCCGCCUCCAGCCUGGAGAGCAACGGCCAGUCUCAGGGCGCUCGGUGGGAGGAGCAGCAGAAGGUGCUGGCUCUGGAACAGCUGUGCGGCGUGUUCCGGGUGGACCUGGGUCACAUGAGGUCACUGCGUCUGUUCUUCAGUGACGAAGCGUGCACCAGCGGCCAGCUGGUGAUAGCCAGCCGAGAGAGCCAGUACAAGAUUCUCCACUUUCACCACGCUGGCCUGGACAAGCUGGCGGAGGUUUUCCAGCAGUGGAAGUGCUGCAGGGAGACGCAGAGUAAAGACCAGGUGUCAGAUGAGAAGUCCUGCAUGCAAUUCUCCAUCCAGAGGUCCACGCUGCCGUCGGCCGAGAGCCACCCCGAGGAGAAGCUCUACCGCAGGCUGGAUGUCACCACUUGGUUACGACACCUCAAUCAAAGCGGCCAGGUGGAGGAGGAGUAUAAGCUGCGCAAGGCCAUAUUCUUCGGGGGUAUCGACCCAUCCAUCCGUGGCGAGGUGUGGCCCUUCCUCUUGCACUACUACAGCUAUGACUCGACCUCGCAGGAAAGGGAGGCGUGGAGGCUACAAAAGCGGACGCACUACCACGACGUCCAGCAGAGGAGGUUGUCCAUGAGCCCCGAGGAGCACAGCGACUUCUGGAGGAAGGUCCAGUUCACUGUGGACAAGGACGUGGUGAGGACAGACCGCAGCAACCAGUUCUUCAGGGGCGACAACAACCCCAACGUGGAGAUCAUGAGGCGUAUCCUGCUCAACUACGCCGUGUUUAACCCGGACAUGGGCUACUGCCAGGGUAUGUCAGACCUGGUGGCCCCGCUCCUGACCGAGAUCCAAGACGAAAGCAACACCUUCUGGUGCUUUGUGGGCCUCAUGGAGAACACCAUCUUCAUCAGCUCGCCGCGUGAUGACGACAUGGAGAGACAGCUGAUGUACCUGCGGGAGCUGCUGCGCCUCAUGCUGCCUGAUUUCCACCAGCACCUUACAGCCCUGGGCGAGGACGGCCUCCAGCUGCUCUUCUGCCACCGCUGGAUCCUCCUUUGCUUCAAGCGCGAGUUCCCUGACACGGACGCUCUGCGCAUGUGGGAGGCCUGCUGGGCUCACUACCAGACAGAUUACUUCCACCUGUUCCUGUGCGUGGCCAUCAUCGUCCUGUACGGCGAGGAUGUGACAGAUCAGCAGCUGGCCACCGACCAAAUGCUGCUGCACUUCAGCAACCUGUCUAUGCACAUGAACGGAGAGUUGGUGCUACGCAAGGCGCGCAGCCUCUUGUACCAAUUCCGCCUCCUACCCAGAAUCCCUUGCAGCCUCCAUGACUUGUGUAAACUGUGCGGGCCGGGCAUGUGGGAUAGCCGCUACAUUCCCGCCGUGGAGUGUUCGGGCGAGCACCCGGACUCGCGGUGCUGCCCUUACGGGGGCACGUCCACGCCGCUGCCCUCCUCGCCCGCGCCGUCCUGCUCGCCCUCAAGAGGCGCCAAAUCCCGGGAUAUUUUCACCUUCAGGAAACAGUCCUGAGGAAGAGCCACGUCUUGCAUCGUCCGGGCCGGCCGGGAUCCCUGGACUUUUUUUCUGGAGUCGACAUCUCGCUGAGGACAUUUGGCACCAGAGUCUUUCAUGUGGCGCGGCGUCACACGAGACCCGAGGUCGGCGAAGCCUCUCUUUCCCCUUUUGAAGCGCAGCGGACAAUGGGCAGCCAUUCUGGCAGCCCGCCGUGACCUCAUGUUGCAGCGCGCCUCUGCCUCUGCCUCUGCCUUGGCACUCUUCCAUGAGCUUUAUGUGGGUCGCACGGGGUUGAAGCGGGGUCGGCGGCGAACCGCCACGGAUUCCUGCAGACUCUGACCGGCGCGGGUCAAAACUGUACACUGGGAAUCGAAUUCAUUCAGAGCGAGUGAACUUUUAAACGGGCUCGCAUCCUGACAAAGACGCAUUUGUCUUCAACUCUGUGUGCAUAUCUUUAGUAGAAGAGAAAUAUUUUUGAACAGGAACCCCUCGUGCGCCUUCUAGGGUGAUUUCCAUUUUCUCUGGAUCCAAAUCCAUCCGUCCAUUUUCUAUACCACUUGCCCUCAUUAGAAAGAGUUGGAGCUUCAUUGGGCUAAAGUUUGAGUUGACAAAAAAAAAAAAAAUCAUCUUCACAAUAAAUAGUCAACUGAAGCAAAUCUUUACGAAGUCAAUGAUUAGUCAACAGGACAAUAAAAGCAAAUCGUUCGCCUAAUAGCCACAUUUAAUGUUUUCAGACAAACAAACACAACAAUUUCAACCGAGUGCAGUUGUCUCCAUUCAACUUUUGCAAAUGGCCGUGACCUUGAUGAAUUUACACAAGCAUGAAGGGGAAAAAAAACGUCGUUUUCAGAAAGCGCAUUACUAUUUUUAUUGAUAUCUUGACAGCAUGCUGAAAAACUAUUAUGCUCACGUUCUGUAAAAAAAACAAAACUGUGACCCGUUUCGGGUUUUGAGGCUCCACGUGGAGUGCAUUGUGUACCCUCUAACUUUUAUUCAACCAUAAAACCAUCGCGCGAUUGUUAAGGAAGUUGCCACAAAAAGAGGAAGUGGGCAAGAAUGAAGUUAAUUUUUGCAAGGCUUCCUCAGCCCCAUUUGCUGACUGGACUUGCCACGUCUUGCAUGCAAUUUGACGACUGCGUGUGUGUUUAUGCGCCGUGACAUGGUGGCAACCUGCAAGCCUCCUGCCCAAAUUCACAUUCCUGGAUAGUCUCCAGCUCCACCUUGAACCUAAUAAGAAUAGGCGGCCCAGAAAAUGAAUGAAUGGAUGGAUGGAUGGCAUCCAAACUCCACACAGGAAGUGCCGGUGUAGGUAUUUCAUGUAUUUCGCAAUAUUCUAUAUCCUUGCAUGUCGAGCACACAACUAUGCCUGCCUAUCUUUAACGGACACAGCCACAAAGCAGAGGAAAGCGUGAACACGUUUGCUGAACUUUGUUGUUCCGUCGCGAUGCUUCCAGGGUAGGCGGAAGUGAGCUGGGGGUGCGCUCAAGUCACCCGUUUAGUUCCCCUUGAUGAUGCCACGAGCUGCAUUUCCACCAAGCGGCAGGUUCGCUUCGGCCUGAGUUUUCAAUCGGAAUGGACGUUUGAAUGACUUUCGGAAAGUUCCGUUAAUAGUUAGAUAUAAUGAGACCAACUGAAUGGUUUGCAGUGGUGUUUGUGGCAGCCAUUUUAAUUUUCGGGUGCUUAUAAGUCACGUUUUAGUCAUCUCCAUGUGGGAUAGUUUUGCUCACUGAAAAUUCACCAAGGUUUUAGUCACAUUUUUAGCAUCAAUAAGUCGAAAAUUCCAUUUGCUCAGGUAAUGACCGAUCGUGGCUCAGCUUCAGAAAAGAGGUGAGCCCCUGAUUGGACGUUACCUGAGCAAGAGCGAGGUCGUUUUUACCCCUUGGGAUGGCUAAAAAAACAACAACAAAAACGUGUGGAUUUUGUCGCUUAACUUAUUCCACAAACACAUUGCUGUCAAGAAUAUUUGGGGGUUGACUUCCCCUUUUAACUAUGAAGUAUCCGGACAAUUGGGUUUCUUUUGCUUUUGUAUAUGGAGGGAAGAGCACCAGGUGUGAAAUGCUGCAUUCGCCUCCGUUUUUGACAUUCACUCAAACAUGACUCAAUCUGACCGUGGGCAGUGACUAGAGCCGAGAUGGCCACCUUCAAUGCUGGAGAGCGCCACAAUUUUUCAUCAGCUUCUUCAAUAUGGACACGAUACGCAAGUAAUCUAUCACGUUUAAUCUAUAAAAAAAAAAAAAGAAAAUUGCUGUUCUGUAACGCCAGUGAUAAUAAUCAAGCAACGCAUGUCUAAAAGUUUACACGAUACAGGCAACGAGUAAAUAGGUGUCUAUCUGCGAAUCACGUACGUUUGUCGUCGUCGAUGAAAACAACUCGGAUGUUCCGAUGGUAUCCGCAAAAAAUAAUAAUUAAAAAAAAAUCUUUGUAACAACAAUCUUUUCUGACAAUGGGAAUCUUACGUACUGCUUGGUGGAAACGGUGCUAUGAAGCCAAAAAAAUAAGUGAGCUACACAGCAGCCAAAGAGAGCAAAAAAUAAAAAUUGUGCCAACCAAGAAAAGAGACGUUGAAGGCUCAAAUUAUCAACAAAAAUCACCCCGCUCUCCCCCCGCCACCCCCAUCUGCUUCCUCUUCACCUUAAGCGACAGUCGGUGUCUUGCUGCCAUUCCGUCCAAAUAUUUGCUCGCUUCACUCGCGCUUAACAGACUCCGAACUCUUUAUUGUGUGCGCGCGUGUAAACUGGAGUGACCUUUUAAAACAUCUGGAAGAAAACCAAGAGCUUUUUAGCAGAUUUUUUUUUCUCAAAAAGGGGGUGUGAGGCACCAGUGUCCUCCAGGGGGUGUGCAACAUAAAAAAGGCUUUGUUUAGUUUAUUGGGGCUUGUCUUUUUUUUUUCCCAAAUGUUGAAAUCAUGGGAAUCUACCCCAAAUCACAACAGCUCAUUUUUGCAUGACUUCUUCACAAUCGAGUGAUUCUAUGGCACUAAAUGUGAUCAGUUUUAUUAAUUGGAAUGUACCAACAGUUAAAAAUCAAGGUAUGAUAAAUAUGCCUGUUCAGCAAUUUAUUAUUAUGAUUAUUUUUUUGUUAUUCCACCUUAGUUUCAGAAAAGACAAUCUACCCCUUUAAGCAGUAUUUAUUUUUAUUGAUUAUUUGACAAGAUGGCUGCAUUUAAAUGGGUGAAUUUAAACUCUUUGGACCAAUUCUUAAUUUGAUUUUGGUUCUCUUUGACAUCAUUGAUCUGUAAUCUAAAUAAGAAAAAAAAGACCAAACCCUCUUCGCUUAAAAGAAUUGCGGAGUUUGCUUGAGGUCAAGUUGAAGGUCAUGUUAAUCAUAAGCCCUCUUACUACCUAAUCUUUUCAAACCUUCAGGGAUUGUUCAUGUCAGCUUUGUCAGUGACGAUCAUGCCAGUCGAAUCCAAGAUGCUGACGGGGAAUUUCCAACUGCUGCAACUUUCAACCUAAACAUUUAGCCCGCAUUCGAUGAAACCAUCAGGCGGGGGGGGGGGGUCAUCAAACUGCGUGUGCGUGCGCGCGUAUGUGUGCGCUCCACCGGCUGUCUCUGAAUGAGUGCCUCUAUUUAAAGGGGUGAAAGUCCAAACAAGACCUCAGUGUUGUGUUACGUCACUUGAGCCUUUUCUUGGUAUUCAUUUACACAACGAAAUAAAUGAGUAUAGCUCUGCCUUCA